AAGUGUCUCGUCCCUGCCAUCGCGUUCAACUCCUCUCGCUGUACCUCCUCACUUCUACCUCAGGAAUCAUGGCUGAAUCGGGCUCUGGAGCUGCAGACAAGUCUGUACAAGUGAAGCUGGUAUUGCUAGGCGAGGCUGCGGUCGGAAAGUCGUCGAUAGUCCUGCGGUUUGUCUCAAACGAGUUUCAAGCCAACAAAGAGCCUACUAUCGGCGCUGCCUUCUUGACUCAGAAGUGCCGUCUCGAGGAUCGUGUCCUCCGCUACGAGAUAUGGGAUACUGCGGGUCAAGAACGUUUCCAUUCCCUAGCUCCAAUGUACUAUCGCAAUGCACAAGCUGCCGUUGUCGUUUACGAUGUGACUAAAGCUUCCAGCUUAGAGAAGGCGAAGUCAUGGGUGAAGGAGCUUCAGCGGCAAGCCAACCCGAACAUUGUUAUUGCUCUUGCUGGUAACAAGGUCGAUUUGGUGCAACCAUCGCCGUCAGCAUCGGGCAGUGGGUCUGCUGUGGAGUCUGAGGAUGAAGCAGAUGACGCGACUGCGACACCCGGGGAGAAUGCUGCUGCCGCCGAACAACCUGAGAGUUUGAGGCAGGUUCCUAGGGAUGAGGCGGAGGCGUAUGCGAAGGAGGCGGGAUUGCUCUUUUUCGAAACAAGUGCUAAGACCGGUGAGGGUGUCGUGGAGAUUUUCACCGAGAUUGCGAAGAAGAUACCUAUCGAGCAUAUCCUUGCGUCGUCACGUGGUACCGGCCGACCUGGUGCUGCUGGCCGAUCCGGCGGCGCGCAGGAGGGAGGCGUGAAUCUCGAGGAGAAUGCUGCGAAGGGCAAAGACGCAUGCAAUUGCUAGAUGCAUCGCAUUGUCACCCAUUGCAUAUAUCCUUAUAUCGCUCCUUGUUAUGUUCAUGAACGCCAUGCCAUCGCCCAGUACACUGUCGUCCGGUUUCACUUUCCAUACAUAUGCUCUGUCCUAUCAUCUUCUAAUUGUAUCUUUUUAUUGGCCGACCUUCAGUUCGGUGCCUUUCCCAUUCGUAGGUAGGAUGUUGUACACAUAGGGGUACAGCGGAUGUCUAUACACAGUAUACACUGGACACUGAUUCGUCUUAAUGUCUAUCAGGCAAUACAUCCAUGUAAGGCGGCGGACGCGUAGUCCCCUCAGUCUCCGUGACGCUUUCAGGAACAAGAUACGGAGGCGGCGCAUGCUCCUCAGGUGCCGGUGCGCUGGGAUCUACACCAGCUCCAGGGAUAGUGGUCGAUACUAGGCCCGGAGGUGGGUGUUCAUAAGUCGGCGCAGAUGGAUGAGAGCUCUGUUGUUGUGAGGUACUAGUGGACCUAAAAUCGGAGUCUAUGGAUGGCGGUGGAUCUGAUGGGUCAUCCAGAGGCGGAGGAGGCGGCGGAAGAUCAUGAUCGUGUCUACUGGCAGCCUCUUCGUGUUGCUCAAGAGCCAAUUCCAGAGCUUCCAUGGCUCGCUCGGGCUCUUCAAGUACGGUUAAGCCAGUAACAUCUGGAUCCCGACUGGCCAUCUCCAGAGUUGGAGGUGGGCUGGCAGGGCGUCUUAAAUCUUCCGCGUGGCCG